GCCAGUGGUGGUAUUAGGGUCAAGGGCAGGCGAGUGACAGGUGUGGGGUAAGGCCGUGGAGUCUCCUGUGGCCUCCAUACCCUUCAGGUGUGUCCUGCUGCCCUCCAGGUGUGUCCUGCUGCCCUCUACACAGCUCACGUCAAGAAUUUAGACGAAUUUGAUCGUCACCACUGAGGCAUCUUGAGCUGAAAGGUAAAGGAACUGAACAUGCUGUCUGGAGGCCACGGAGAAGUGAACCCCAACUCGUCUUGGCACAGUAGUCGAGGCGCAUGGAUCUCUUACUUAGCGGGUGUCCUCACACUACACCUUUUCCUUCUCUCCAUACCACUGAUUUCAAUACCAACAGCCUGGACACUCACUAAUGUUAUACACAACCUGGCAAAUUACCUGUUCCUUCACCAGAUUAAGGGUACUCCAUGGCAGUUAUUAGAUCAGGGAAAAUCUCGGCUGAUGACGGCAUGGGAACAGAUUGACUAUGGACAGCAGUAUACAACAACUCGCAAAUUUAUCACCAUCAUUCCCAUUGUCUUAUUUCUUCUAGCCAGCUUUUACACCAAGUAUGAAUUCGGUCAUUUUGCCAUCAACUUUGCCACCCUUCUACUGGUACUAAUCCCAAAGUUGCCACAAUUCCACAUGGUUCGGUUGUUUGGUAUCAACAAGUAUUAAACUUGACCUAAGAGCAGUGGAAUAGAAGCUGAUAUGCAGUCUUUUAAAGGUCAGAAAAUGUACUAAAAGAAAGUAUUAGUUAUAGCUUGGAAAUGAAUAAUGUUGCAGGUUCAGGUGUUGUUAACUAUGAAACAAUUGAUUUGUUACAGGUGAUGUAAAAAAUGUACAAAUGCUGAUCAAGUUUUGGCAAUUGAAAUUAAGUUACCAUAUUCAUUCAAAAUAGGUAAGCCUUUUUGUAGAUAAAUGUGUGUAACUAUUACCCAUCAAACAUUUUCUUGAAAAUGUAAAUUUUCCUUCGUUAUUAGUUCUUGCAAAUUCUGAAAAACUGCACUGUACUUCACAGGAACAUUAUUUUCUUGUGCAAAUUUAUUCUACUGGAUCAAGAUCUAUUUUCUAUAAAAUAAAAAUUUGGUCCAAAGUACUCUGUCCAUUAGGUUAUGCACACAUUUCAUUAAGCUACCCCAUUAUCUUUUAAUAAUUUUUUGUCAUUGUAGCAAUUUCUCAAAUUCUGUUCGUACUAAAUCAAAACUGUUUGGGUCCAUUCACACAAAAAUGGUUCUAAUUUUCUCGUCUACACAAUGGUUGUCCAUACUGUGGACAACCAUAGAAUAUGUAGAUGAAAUCCUUCAUGUUGUGUGCUACUUUAACUAAGGCAAUACCUGAUAGUGUAUAAAUUUUGUUUUAAAAGAUAAUAUAAUGUCAAGCAAUUUUCUCUGCAUGUAAUGGAAUGUUAUGCACUGCAUAAGUGCUAUGCUCUUUUUGCUGCAUACUUAAGGUACAUGUACUAUGACAAAUAGAACACGUCCAACUUGCCGUUAAUUUUCCAUCACUGACAAAAUAGUGCAGUAUUUGAACAGUGGUUGUCAGAAAGCUUUAGUUGCCUUGCAGCUUUGGUUGCAGCUUUAAAGCUACAUUGCCAGACAAUGUCAUAACUAAAAUUACUAAUAAAUUCAGUUAGUUGGGGCAUUGUUUUAAGGCAGAUUAGACAGUUUGUGUUUAAUUUAAAAAAAAUUAAAUACCCACAUUACAGAAUAGAUAUCCAGGUAAAGUGAAAAAACAGGUCAUUGUAAUUAUUAUAUUUAAUUGGGUCUUGCAUCCUGAGAUGGUGUAUGUUGAUUUUUACCUGUUUCAGUCAAAGGCAGAGACCAGUCCUGCGAGGGGUUACGUCUAUGUACACAGUAAGACUUUGCAUAAUUUAAAGUUGUAUAGCAUAUAAAGCUUGUAUUUAAGUAACAAUAUAUCACCACAAUUUUUGUGAUUGUUUCUUCAUUAGUCUCCCAUAUUGUGUAGGCUGCUGUAAACACCCAGUUCACAUAUAUUCAAUACUGCAUUGUUCUAACCAUAUUUACCAAUUUAUUUUUUUCUUAUGUCAGUGGGUUUUUUUUAUCAAAGUACAAUAAGUAACUUCAAAAUCUCAACACUAUUGCAUUUCAUGAAAUUUUAAAAAAGACCUUUACAGUUAGUACUGUAUAUGUAAAGGUUAUGAAGCACACAAAUGUCUACUGAUAGCUCCACCAGUAUAAAUUGAGUGAAUAUUGAAUAGUAACAAAAUGAAAAUCACACAUUUCACUUCGAAUGUCUUCAUUUGUAGCGUGUUUAUAGAUAUAAUUAGUAUUGCCUUUUAUGAAGUAGCUAAUGACGUUUUUAAGUGACAACCUUGGUAGAUGUGUUUGUGUACUGUAUCGAUAAAAAUUGUGGUCGAGUGAUUGUAAUAAUGGAAGAAUGCCUUCAAGUGAAGUUGAAUUUUUUUUUUUUAUAAAAUUUUACAGUACAACGUUAGAGAUAUCAACAAGAGUAUGGUGGAAUACCUAUGGAAAGUUUUGCAAAAGAAGAUAGAAAAUUAAGCCAGACAAGGAAGGCUAUAGAGAUACGGCAUUCUAAAAUUGCGUCUGCUUAAUGUUGUGUUAAACUCCUUGAAAGGAGUUUGAGGAAUGGAUAGAUUUUUAUUGAUAAAUGUUAUAUAGGUAAUGAGAUGUGAUAGUAAUAUAAAUAAUUUGAUGAAAUUUAGAUAAUUAGUGCUGUCACUGAUCUUAACAAUGAUAAAGUUCAUGAGCUAGUGAGAAGUUUGUGAUGGAGGUGUGAGCCAGUGACCAAAAUGAUGCUGGUAGUCGCACCAGAUUGGUGUUUUAGUUGACUGCAACUUGUAUGUUUGGAAAAGGGGAAAGUUUGAUGAACAGCCAAGUGCUUUUAUCUUAAUUACAAGAGUGAAUAGGAUAGUUGAAAUGCUUUGGUUUAUGAAUAUAUUGAGUUUAAUAAGUAGGAUAUCUGUACUGGUAUGAAUGUGCUUUCUUUAACCUUUAUUGCUACAAUUGCUGCAUCAUAUUUGAUUCUUAGGUAGUGUUGAUAAGAAUGUUCACCACACAUACUUUUUGUAAUUAUAAUAUUUGGGGUGUUUUAUUCCAUUUUCCUAAAACCUCUAUUUUUUAAGUGCUUGGUAUAGCUGCUUUGAAGUUACAGGUAUAAUUUAAUUAUUCACACUUUAUUCAGCCUGCUAUAGACUUUCUGGUGUUAUUGUCUACACUUCGGCUAUGGUGGUGGUUUCUCCUUUAGAAUAUUUGUUAUUCAUGGUAGUCAAAGUUCUGUAACAUUAACAUGUAAAAGUGUUGUGCUAAUAUAUCCUUAAAAACAAAGUAAUACCCUUUCUUGUAGCAUAGUAAAAUCAAAGCAGCCAUCAAAUUAUUUUGGGAAAGGUUUUCAGUUGCUUUUGCUGGGUUUUAUAGAUGCAGUGUAUGAUAUCUGUGAUGACCUGGAAUGAUGAAUAAUGAAUACUAAACAUGUAUGAAAUAUUUCAAUGAUACAAGAAAUUAGUUACGAGCAGUGAAUUUAGAAGUUUUUGAAAACAUGCUUGAGGUAUUUUCAUUGUAGUUCAUAUUAAUUGGUUUGAGGAGAAAUUUUUUUCGGGCUAUGUUGAUUGUAUAGAGAUACAAACAAAGUGUCAGAUCUUGGUAAAUAGUUAUACUGGAUCUACAACUAUCAGUAAAUAUUGGCUUCAUAAUUGUUAUACCUCAGCCACUUUGACUGGAUGGUAGAGCAACGGACUCAUUUCAUGCAAGUCGGCGUUCAAUCCCCGACUGUCCAAGUGGUUGAGCAUCAUUACUUAUCCCCAUCCCAUAUCAAAUCCUGAUCCCUUCCAAGUGCUUUAAAGCCAUAAUGGCUACGGGCUUUUCCCUGAUAAAAAUUAAAAUUUGUUUUAAUCAAUACUGAUUCGGCUGAUAAAUUUUAAUAAUAUUGGUUAAGGGGCAACUUGUUCAGAAUUGUAAAGUUUUAUUGCGUCUAUAGAGGUAAAUAUUGAAAUUAAAUAGUUCCUUAGUGCAAUAUUUGCAGUGACCUUAUUUAACAUUUGUACUCUUAUGCCACAUAACAUGUCAUUUUCAUGGAGUGCUAGACUUUUCUCCUAAUUUUGCCCAUUAACAGUGUGUAUGGCAUCACAGUACAGUUGCAAUACUGGCAUAAUCCAAAUUAAAGUGCUGGAUCCAGGAAAUAAGACUUGGCAAAUUGGAUAUCUUUAUCUUGGUAAAUGUCUAAGCUUAAAAUUCUUAGAUCCUGCACUAAGCCAAUUUUGUUAAUAGGAUAUUAUUUAACAACAGAGGAGGUAUAAAGUAUUUUUCAGAAAGUCUCAUAAUAUAUAUAUUUUUUUUUUUUUUUUUUUUUUUUUUUUUUUUUUUUAGGAUUAAAUGAUUUGAUGUUUGUGUUUACUGGGAAUUAGGAUCUGAAGAUAUUAGGGUACUAAUAUGAUUAAUAUAAUAUAAGUAAUAUGAUGAUUAGUGCCAUAGGUGUAAGAAUGUUGAUAAUGAAUGUAACUUUUGCUACAUCAAUAUUAUUCCAUUUCUUCACUUUCAUAGAAGAUAACAACAGUAUAGGAAACCUUAGAUAUUCAAAAUGGUUCGUAUUUUCCUCCAUACUUUCCAUACUAAUCAUCGUCACAAAGCUAUUGCCAUCCCAGUCCUACAAAUGGUUCACUGUAUCAAUCUGCUCCUCUGGAGUAAAUGAUUUGAAUUUGUGACGAGCAUUUUUAGCAUUGCAGGUUUUUAAUGGACUGCAUGUAAUGCAUUUUUUGUAUUUUAGAUAUGUAGUCUGUAAGUGAUGCAGGAACCUGUGCAGCAGAGUAUUUUAUUUUUUAUUUUAUAUACUCUAUGAAAAUUGAUAUUUAUUUGCUCUCUUAAAUUUGGUUAUACUGGUCCAUAGUAUGGCUUAUAACUAAAAAAUGGUAGUACAGUAUUUCUUUUUGGUGCUUUCCAGUUUUGAGAAUUUUAUACUGCAAUACAUGGCAUGUUGGUCAUAGAAUGGAAAGUCUCUUUUUAAUUAUGUCAACCAUUUUGGUAUUAAUAAUAAUGGUCAGAAACUAGACAUUCCCAUUAUUUAGGGAAUCAAAACAUUGCUUUAUUGGUAUUUCAAUAGUUGCUGUAGUAACUAAGUAUUUUAUUACUUAUUUAGAAGAACUUUCUUUAAUUUUCAUUUAUAAAUCAUUGGUUAUAAUUGUGAUCUGUAAUAAAUGACAAUAUAUAUUAGUUAAUUAAUAUUGAUAUGGACCACACAGGUAUCAUAGCAAGCAGUAGAUCAUACACGGUGGUUCAUGGCUGUGCAGUUGCUCGGGAUGUUCUUUGUAUCCUAUUAUGUGUAGUACUGUACAUGAUAUUUUGCUUCUGAUACAAACUAAAAAAAGUACUGUGUAGUUUAAAUGUAUGAUUCUCGUUGUAAACUUCGGAACAAGAGUAUUCUAAGUUUUUAAUUGUACUUUGGAUGUUGUUGGUAUUAGUAGAAUGGAUGGAACACCCUAUUAUAAUAUCUUCCAUGACUUAUUGUAUCCAUUUAACAAAUUCUAAACUUUUCCAAAUUAAACUUUUAACAUUGUAGCCUCUUAGUUUGCAUGUAUUUUAGAACCAUUCUUGGUGUGGCCAUGCUGGGUAAAGUGUAGCACCCUUUUUAGUAAUUGCAGCCAGUAGUUCAGUGAUACUAUACAGGGAAUGAACUGUGUGCCAAUCUAACAAGUGUGUUGUCUUUGUAGUAGACUUACUUUUUCAGGGCUGUCAUUCCAUUAUGUAUAAAUAUAAGGCUGUAGAGUAUAAGUUCAUAUAAUGAUCCUUUUAGUGGUUCUGUUACAAGGUAUGUUUUGGUUAUUAAGGUGUUUUAGCCAAGUGACCUAAACUUAAUGUGUGAUGAUUAUCAGAUUGGUGGCUUAUUGGUUUGUGUAAUAUAUCUUUAGCAUACUUUAUCACUGCUGGCAGGAUCAUUGCUGCCAUGUGUGAUUUUUUCAAGGUUUUUCUUGCACUAGUCAUAUCUAAUAAAGAAAUAUAAUUUGUAGCAAAUGAUAUUACAUAUACAGAUUUCAAA